GCCCGAUUGGAGCAGCGGCAUCACGCUGACCCGGGCCCGGGAUGUAGACGCCGCCGCCGCUGCAGGCAGAGGGAGGCGCGCGGCCGCUCCGGGAAGAGCCCACCGCGCUUCAGGCGAGUGGCGGCUCCUCGGCGCGAGCCAUGGCCGGGGACAGCGAGCAGACCCUGCAGAGCCACCAGCAGCCCAGCGGCGGCGAGCCCUUCCUGAUCGGCGUCAGCGGCGGCACGGCCAGCGGCAAGUCUUCGGUUUGUGCCAAGAUCGUGCAACUCCUGGGGCAGAACGAGGUGGACUACCGCCAGAAGCAGGUGGUCAUCCUGAGCCAGGACAGCUUCUACCGUGUCCUCACCUCGGACCAGAAGGCCAAAGCCCUGAAGGGCCAGUUCAAUUUUGAUCACCCGGAUGCCUUUGACAAUGAACUCAUCUUCAAGACUCUCAAAGAAAUCACCGAAGGGAAGACGGUUCAGAUCCCCGUGUACGACUUCGUCUCCCAUUCUCGGAAAGAGGAGACGGUCACAGUCUAUCCUGCAGACGUGGUGCUUUUCGAAGGGAUCCUGGCCUUCUAUUCCCAGGAGGUCCGAGACCUGUUCCAGAUGAAGCUUUUUGUGGAUACAGAUGCGGACACACGGCUUUCCCGAAGAGUUCUGAGGGACAUCAGCGAGAGAGGGAGGGACCUUGAGCAGAUUUUGUCUCAGUACAUUACAUUCGUCAAGCCUGCCUUUGAGGAAUUCUGCUUGCCAACAAAGAAGUAUGCCGAUGUGAUAAUUCCUAGAGGUGCAGACAAUCUCGUGGCCAUCAACCUCAUCGUGCAGCACAUCCAGGACAUCCUCAACGGAGGGCUCUCCAAGCGACAGACCAACGGCUGCCUUAAUGGCUACACCCCGUCACGCAAGAGGCAGCCAUCGGAGUCCAGCAGCCGGCCACACUGACCCUGGAUCUUCAGGCCCCCCGGUCUCCGGCAGCGUCAUCUGCUCGCCGCUUCCUCUGACGUUACUGUAUUUAAGAAAACACCAUGGAGAUGAAAUGCCUCUGAUUUUUUUCUUUUUCCUUUUCGUACUUCGGAACGGCGAAAUCACAGAACUUGACCUGAGCUUAAGCAACAAACCGUGCCAACGUCUCCUGGUGAUGCCUGAUUAUGAAUCCAACGUGUAACCAGUUAUAAAUACAUAACGUAUAUAUAGAUAUAUAUAUAUAAAAGGAUCUAUUUUUGUGUAAAUGUACAAAUACUGUACAGCUCUUUGCCGUAAGUAUUUUGCAGGGGCCUGUGCCUGUGUAUUUGGGGCUGGAUCUGGGGCUGUGCUGUGGGGAGUUGGCCAGCUGAUGCCGCUUUGCUCCUGGAGUGGGUUAGAAGCCCGAUUGCCUCCCUGCGAGGUGCCCCCUCCUUGGAGCUGAAGCUUAGAGGCUUGAUGGGAGGUGCUUUUGUCUUGAGUUGAAUUAGGUAAGGUCUCACUCAGAAUCGAACUCAGGGAAGGGGACAGGUGUGCAGGUGUUCUGGCCCCACUCCCGCCUCUGGCUGCUAGCCGGCUUCCUCACUCCCUGCUGCCCAGCCUCUCUAGGAAGCCCAAGCAGCAGGGUUGGGGGUCACUUCCGAGUGACGAGUCGGGAGGGAGGGAGCGCAGCCGCGUCUCCACCCCGAGUCUUUGAGGAAGUGCUUGUCCUCAGGUCACGGUGUCCUGGGCAUUUCUGUCUACGGGACGUGGUGCAGCUGAGCUCUCCAGGCUGUGGGGGUGAGCUGCCCACACCAGGGGCUGAGCUUUGGUUGGUCAUGACUGGAGAUGUGCAGCACGACGUGGGUCGCGUGCCCUCGGUCAGGCAACCUGGCCAGCCAUGGCAGGGCAGGAGGGUGGACUGCCCCAGAGGACUGCAGAGAGGUGUUUAAGGGGCUGUGUAAAUCAUGGGCACCUGAGCUGCAGUCCCAGGCGGGAAGCGCGGGCCGUGAUCCGGCUGUCCCGAGCACCUCCCCUUGGAGGAAGUUGGGACUCUGGCACUCUGACCGGAGGGUGGAGGGGCUGGGGCCCGGCGAGAUGAGGCGGGUGUGAGCAUGGAGUCCUGUGCCCCCACGUCCACCUGCAGAAGAGCCAGGGCGCGCGGUGUGGCGGCCGCCCUCCCGGUGCUUGGCAGGCCACGCCCUUAGUCCCCCGCGUGGCCAGAGCCUUCUCCCUCUGCCUCAGCCUCGAGCCCUUCAGGCAAACUGCCUCCGUUACGCCCACGUCACUCCUUCCCCUCUCCGGCUCAGCUUGCACUCAGUUCAUUCUCCUGUCUGUCCGCUGUCUGCUGCCCCGAGAGGCCCAUGAGGCUGUGCAGCAGGCAGGAGCUUGGGGACGGCAGCCCCAGCGGCACGAGGGCCUCCCGCGGGUGCCCUUCCAGGCGGGUCCUCAGUGAGAGGCUGCACCGGAGGGUGCUCCAGGGCCAGGCCCGCCCCUUCCUGGUUGGGUGGCAGGCUGGGUGAGCACCCCCGGACCUGGCCCCUGGUCUUGCUGGCCUGCCUGGGCUCGGGUGGAACUGUCCUGCAGGGAGCCAGCACCCAGGGCGCUGAUGUUACUUGAAGCUCCCAGGUGCCAAACCAUUUAGUGCCUUGGCCGCGUUCCCCGCUGCCCUGGGGGUUCUCCUCCCCUCGGGCCUCACCUACUGAGCCGCUUCCUCAUUUACCUGUGGUGUUGGGACCAACCUCCAGGGUCUCUGAGCCACCCACUUCCAGCCUGGACGCAGUCGAGGGCUGCCCCUGCCCCCUUGUGAGAGGAUCACAAGUCCUCAUGGCUUGGCUGGGGGCCCUGGGCAGUGCUUGCUGGUGUCUGGGACCUGCUGCCUAGGGCAGGGAGGAGAUGGGAAGGGUCCACCCCUCUGUGGCCACCCAGCAUCUAUCCUGCUGUGUGUCUGAACUUAAGCUUCCUUGUAAGACAACCCAGGUCUGGAUUUUUGAGUCUCUGGCUCUUGUUGCAGCUGGGAGUCGGGAGGAGAGUCAUCAGACCAUUAGCCGUGGGUCUGUCCCCUGAGCACCCUGAGCGGUGGUGGAAGAGGCAUGGGUGAGCAAAGCAGGGAGGCCUUCCCAGGUGUGCCUGGGGCCCUCUGGGCUUCUGAGGGCCUGGCCAGCCCCGCUCUCUGCGCAGGUGGUGUCCAUGGAUGGAGGGAGUGUCCAGGAGAGACACCCGGGCCUGUGCCGGAAGGGCAGCCUCACAACCAGCCAGCACAGCUCCCCUGAGCCAUGGUCUUCACUGGGCAGCUGGAGGCUGGUGCGGGAAGGACAGGGCUCUGAGGAGGGUGUGCCAGUGUGGCUCAGGUGUCCUUUGGUUUGGAGCAGGAAGAGUAGACCCUGAGAGCGGCCGUGGGUCAUCUGGCGGGCUCUACGCAGACAGGCCAGGGAGAGGCAGGGGAGUCCCUGGUUUGCUGUCCCCAGGGCUCGGAUUAGGCCUUGGCCACAUAGCCAUCAUGGGGGGCUUGGCUCCUGCCUGUCCCGGGCUUGGAACUGAUGCCGUCGCCCUGCCCGGGGUGCUGCCAGUCUCACCAGGGCCUGGGUCAGCUGGAGCAGCUGGGAAGCAGGGGACCUGGGGACUGGCCUUGGCUGCACCAGCGCUCAGGACAGACCGUGCAGGGAGCUCUCUCCCCUGCCCCGGAGUCUCCCAGGGGCCCUUCUGAGGUCCCGUGCCCAGGAAGGGGCUGGCUGGGCAAGGCUAGGGUCACACUUGUCUCAGAGCGGAGUGGGCACACGUUCUUGGCAUCCAAACAGGAGCAGAGCCUGGGAAAGGGUUGUUCGAGGAGCCCUGGAGCUCAGAGCCCUUCAGGCCUCUGUCCCUGGGUGCCUCCCUGCUCCGGGUGUGGCGGCUGGGUCAUGGCCAGUGAGUGGCUCAGAGACUCCACCUUCCUCCCUUGGAGAUGCUUGCUCUCCUCCCUUACUGUUGGUGGCUACAGAAAACAUGUACUUUGCUGUAAAUAAAGACUGAAUGAAAA